CAGAGAGCAAGCCACUUCUCUGCUUUCUGAAUUUUCCAAAUGGACCCAGUGGCUGCUGCUCACUCAUACAUGACAGUAGAACCCACUGCUCUGUGAUCUGCAGUGAAGAACUGCAUUCAAAGCUUUUUCAUGUUUAGAAAUAUGAUGAGGCUUAUAGAUUUGAUCCUCCUAUCUACCUUCCUCUCAGUUUCCAUGACAUCUGAAACAUUUGAUGCUAUGGAAGGUGAGGCCUUUGUUAUAAAAGGUCCCAAAUGGAGUUCAUCAGUGAACAUCACCUGGUAUCGCACGGACACUCACACAAGAAUUCCUGCCGAAGAGGAGGGAUCACGAGUGUUUUCCAUGGAACGAUUUCUUUGGUUUCUGCCAACUUCUAGAGAGGAUUCUGGAAACUACACUUGUGUAACACGUUUUUCAAGUAAUCGCACGAAGUCGUACAACGUGAGUGUGCAAGUGCAUUCAUACAAGCCAGGAGAAUGUUUCCCAAGUCGGAUUCGUUACCCAAAUGACACUCAAACAGGAAGAGUUGUUUGUCCUACCAUUGAUAACUAUAAGAAUGCUACUAUUGUCCAGUGGUAUAAGGACUGCAAACCUGUUAAGGGACAGAGAUACCUCAAGAAAGAGAAAUAUAUUUAUAUUGAGAAUCCAAGAAGGGAGGAUGAUGGUUAUUAUACUUGUCAAUUUAUUUAUACCCAUAAAGGAAAUGUGUUUAAUGUAUCAGCAACAAGAAUUUUCAUAAGUGGGGUAAAAUACUCACCUCUACCACCUCAAAUCAUAUUUCCAAAGAAUGAGGAUGUAAUAGAAGCAGAGCUUGGUGCUGCUUUGUCUCUGAAAUGUCGGGCCCGCCUGGGGAUUAACAAACAGCCGCUGGCUGCUGUCAGCUGGGAUGUGGAUAACAUCUCAGUGAAAAGACUCGAUUUUUCAAGAUUUCAUAGAGAAACUCAUUUUUUUGAUGAUCAUGAGCAAGUAUACUAUGGAGAGACAACUUUGAAUAUUACUGAAGUAAAAAAGGAGGAUCUGCAGUCAAAUUUCACAUGUAUAGCAUUGAACACACUGUACAGCACAAGAGUCACAGUGACAUUACAACUCAAAGUGCAAUCCAAGGAGGUUCUUCCUAAUGUCCUCCUGAUCAUGGGAUCUCUAGUUCUGCUAGGUGCAAUAGCACUCUCAGUGAUCCUUUACCAGUCCUUCCGAGUGGAUAUUGUCCUGCUGUAUCGGACGAUAUUCCAGCCCUACUCAGUCAAGGAUGAUGGGAAGAUAUAUGAUGCAUAUGUUAUCUACCCCAAAAACCACGCCAGUGAAGCUAAUUUUGUGGAAUAUUUUGUUUACCAAAUCAUGCCAGAUAUUCUGGAAAAUAAAUGUGGAUAUACAUUGUGUAUUUAUGGGAGAGAUAUAUAUCCUGGAGAAGAUGCAGCCAGUGCAAUUGAGACCAGGAUGCAGAAGAGCAGGAGGCUGAUCAUGCUGCUGACACACCAGCUGGUUAAUUCUAAAGAAGAUGCCUAUGAUCAACACAUUGCUUUAUACAAUGCCCUCAUUCAAAAUAACACCAAGGUGAUCCUUCUGGAAAUGGAGACAAUUGGGACUUACGGGAAGCUUCAGGAAUCUCUUAGGUUUCUUAUUAAGCAGCAAGGCACCAUCAAAUGGAAAGAGGAGCACACGGUGCACCCACAGUCACCCAGUUCUAAGUUCUGGAAGCAGGUUAGGUUCCAUAUGCCACUGGCACGCAGGCCCUCACACGUGGCUGACACCAGGUGAAGAACUGUGCUGCCCCAUCAGGAUGGACUACAAGCCCACAGCUGUUGGUCCUUUCAGAAAGGAAAGGAAAUGACUGUACAGUCUGGAAGUCUGGCUGUGUUUUUUGAACUUCUUUUCAGUCCUUCUACUGAGUAACGAUGGGGUAAAUUGAUGGAAGAGGUCUAGGAAACUAAGGAGAUAUUUUACAGGUAUGAGAGGUCUAAAUAAACAAUUCUAGAUUUUGGGGAGAAUUUUGCAUGUGACAGAAAACCAAAUGUACCUGUAGUCUUUCUAUAUAUAGUUGUAUAUAUAACAGAAAGUUAUGAUUGUGAAUAACUGAAAGCCUUGCAGGCUGAAUUCAUCUUUCUAAUGCAGUUGAUAAAAUAUAAAUGCCUUCUGUAUUAUUUGAUUACAAAGUAUAACGUGUAUUUUGCAAUUAGAAAGUAUAAUGUUAUUCUUUUGUUAACUUCUAUUUUCUGACACUUACUCCUUUUUGAUUCAAUAGUGACACUCACAAGAUGAAAUUUUUUUUUUUCCUUGGUACGAAUGCCUCACUAAAGAGUCUUUUGAGACUGAUGUGAAUACAGUGUUAAGGGAAAGAAAUGCACUGAUAU